CAUGAAAUACUUCUACUUGCUCCCAACCUUUGUCUGUGCGGCAAGGGUCGUCGCUUUUUCUGCCUAUGCCUCAUUGGCCGGCCUCAGCAAGCGCGAACUGGACGCCAUCAUUCCUACACUCGAAGCUCGAGAGCCAGGAUUGCCUCCUGGACCUUUGCCGAAUAGCUCUGCAAAAUUGGUGAACGACGACGCUCACCCGUGGCAACCACUUCGACCAGGCGAUAUUCGUGGACCUUGUCCUGGUCUCAAUACUCUGGCGUCUCAUGGGUACCUCCCGCGAAAUGGCGUCGCAACCCCAGUGCAAAUAAUCAAUGCAGUUCAAGAAGGAUUAAAUUUCGCGAACGGAGCCGCAAUCUUUGCGACAUACGCGGCACACCUCGUGGACGGUAAUCUCAUCACCGACCUUCUGAGCAUUGGACACAAGACGCAGGUCACGGGGCCGGAUCCCCCUUCCCCCGCCACCGUUGGUGGGCUCAAUGAACACGGCACCUUCGAAGGUGAUGCUAGCAUGACCAGAGGUGACGCGUUCUUCGGCAACAACCACGAUUUCAACGAGACGCUCUUCCAGGAGGUUGUUGACUACAGCAACCGAUUUGGAGGUGGGAAGUACAACCUUACCGUCGCGGGGGAGUUCCGGUUCAAACGUAUCCAAGACUCGAUUGCGACAAACCCCGAAUUCUCCUUCGUCAACUUUAGAUACUUUACCGCCUACGGAGAGACUACCUUUCCCGCCAACCUUUUUGUAGAUGGGCGCACGAGCGACGGGCAGCUGGAUCUGGACGUUAUGCGCGAGUUUUUUCAAUUCAGCCGUAUGCCCGACGACUUUUUCCGUGCACCUGGACCGAGGAGCAACGAAGGAGUCAACACGGUCAUAGAUGCUCAUCCCAUACAGCCUGGAAGAAAUGUCGGCCAAGUCAACAGCUAUACCGUUGAUCCAACGUCUGCCGACUUUUCCACCCCAUGCUUGAGGUAUGAGAGAUUCGUCAACGAAACCGUCAGGGGACUUUACCCGAGUCCGACUGGGCAACUUCGCAAAGCACUGAACACGAAUCUCGAUUUCUUUUUCCGUGGAUUAGACCCCGCAGCUAGAUGUACCCAGGUAUUCCCAUACGGACGAGAUUG